AUGUUAACGAACAAUUAAUAUCCCUAACUUCCUGUUCAAUCUGUUUUAUACUAAUAAUAGACUUAAACAAAUUAAAGGCUGCCUCCUUAGCAAUUUUAAUCACCUAUCUAAAUGAAGAUGAUAUAACCUUAACCUUCAAUGGUAUAUUAAUAACAAGCAGCAUAAAGUCAGAUGUAUACAUAAUCAAAUCAACAUGUCAAAACUAUCCAAUAACACCACAUGCAUCACACUCAUGAAUAUAAAAUACCUUAAUAUUAAUAACCAAUAGUUGCACCUCCAUAAUAAACUAUAAUUGUUCAACCUCAAUAACCUAUUGUUACUGCUCCACCUCCUCCUUAGUAACCUGAAAUUAAUGAGAUGUAUCAUGUCGAAAGAGAAUUGUAAGUCCUCUCUGUUGAAGAUGUAGAAGAGCCCUGGAAAAAGAAAUGUGUUGAAUUAGAAAUUAAAAUAUUCGAUUUGUAAACUGAAUUAGCCAGAUAUAAGAAUUAAGGAUAAGAAUUGAAGGUGACAUCAAAUGAAGAAUUUUAAGUGAGAGAAUUGGAAGCAAAAAUCAAAAUGAUGAAGGAUAUUGAGGAUGGCUUGCGAAAAGAAAUAGAAAGUCAAUAAAGUGAAAUCGACUCUUGGAGAUAGAGAUAUUCAAAAUUGCAAUAAGAAUUUCAACAACUACUUUAAGGUGGGGAAGAAGUCAGAUAAUUAAGGGAUGCUUUAGCAGAAAAAGAAAGGUAAAUCUUGAAAUUGGAAAAUGCAUUAAAUUCUUAAAAUGUGGAGAUGCAAAAUUACAUGAGAUUAAUUUAGUAACUUUUUCAAUCAAUUUAUUAGGAACAAAGAUUAAGAAAUUGCAUAAUAUAAAUAGAUGAUUCGACAAUUAGAACAAGAAAUGAGUGA